AUGGACGCUCUCUCUAUGCGUCAGCAGCAGAGUCAUGUGCAUCAGACCGACAACCUUGUGCCGACGCGCACAGCUGUGCUGCACCUCCGCCCCGCCCCGACCGCGGAGGAGGCGGAGCGGGCGCAGCGGCAGCACGACAUGCGUGUCACGUGGAACCCGGACGUGCGCGAGCCUGUCGACCAACACGUGAGCAAGUGCUGCUGCGUCUUCCACAAGAAGAAGCUCUUUGGAGAGAGUAGCAGCGACAGCAGCUCAAGCAGCACCGACAGCAGCGACGACGACGCCGACAGCGCGGGGGGUGUGGGCCACCAGGGAGGGUGCGGGUAUGACUGCCAGCACGCUCACCAUCACCCGCCACGCAAGCAGCGCCCCAAGUGCACGAAGGAGCAUUGCUAUUGUGGUACUCGUUUCCAUUAA